UAGAUCGUGCAUGCACGAUCAUUUUCCUAGCUAGACACUCCUACACGCAAGGCUUAUUGUACAAGUCUAUAAGUACCUGAGGAGCAUAGCAGAGUUCUUGGCACACAGCAUAUAUCAUGGCACUCCAAGCUCAGCUUGAGCUCUACCACCACGCCAUGGCCUUUGUCAGGUCCGCGGCGCUCAAGGCGGCCGUGGACCUACGCAUCUCCGACGCCAUCCACCGCCGUGGAGGUGCCGCCACCUUGUCCGAAGUUGCCACUGAGACCAGGGUCCAACCGACGAAGCUUUCCCAUCUCCGUCGGCUUAUGCGCGUCCUCACCACUUUCGGCAUCUUCUCCGUCGACCAAGGCCGCCACGCCGAUGCCGACGACGUGCGUUACAAGCUCACCCCUGUCUCCCGCCUCCUCGUGGGGGACUACAACCAGUCUCCCAUCGUGCGUCUGUUUUUAGACCCGUCGUACGUGACCGCUCUCUGCGGCAUAGCAGAGUGGUUCACCGACGAGCGGGCGUCCGCUCGCACGCUCUUCGAGGUGGCGCACGGGUGCACGCGAGAUGAGAUGGUAGCAAGGAUGGACACGCGCGGGGAGUACAAUGUCGGUGUGGCCGCCGAUAGCCGCCUCGUCAUGGAGGUCGUCCUCAAGGAGCACCGCGGCAUCUUCGAGGGCAUGAGCUCCCUCGUCGACGCCGGCGGUGCCCAUGGUGCCGCGGCGGAAGCCAUCGCCAAGGCGUUCCCCCACAUCAAGUGCACCGUGCUUGAUCUCCCACACGCGAUCGCAGGGGCACCUGCCAUCGAAAACGUCCAGUUUGUCGCCGGCGAUUUGUUUGAGUACGUGCCACCUGCCGACGUUGUUCUACUCAAGUGGGUUAUGUGCUUGUGGCAAGAUGAAGAUGCCGUCAAGGUGCUACGACGGUGCAAAGAAGCCAUAACAACCGGUAGAAGCGACGGAGGGAAGGUGAUAAUCAUCGACGUCGUGAUAGGCUCCGGGGUGUCGCGGGACGAAGUUCUUCUCAAGGAGAUGCAGGUUCUGUAUGAUGUCUUCAUGAUGCGUGUUGACGGGACCGAUCGAGACGAGCAUCAGUGGAGGAAGAUUCUCUUUGAGGCCGGCUUCAAGGACUACAAGAUCACUCCAAUGCUUGGAUAUCGGUCCAUCAUUGAAGUCUACCCUUAAAACACGUGCCUGCCAAAAUAGGAAUAAAUAAAUAAGAUAAAUAAGCAGGAUGUACUGUUUGAUGUGGUACGUUCAUGCUAUCGAUCGAAUAAUGUCUGUUUACACAAUAAUGUCUUCAUGGUCGUGUUUUCUAAA